AUGUCAGACCCAAGUUCGAUUAAUGGUGGUAUUGUGGUAGCCAUGACCGGUAAGGAUUGCGUGGCAAUUGCUUGCGAUUUACGUCUAGGUAGUCAAUCGUUGGGUGUAGCCAAUAAUUUCGAGAAGAUCUUCCAUUAUGGCCACGUAUUUCUAGGCCUUACAGGCCUCGCUACAGACGUGACCACACUGUCAGAGCUGUUUCGUUACAAGACCAACCUUUACAAGCUUAAGGAAGACCGUCUAAUAGAGCCUGACACUUUAACACAGUUAGUUUCCAGUACGCUGUAUGAAAAAAGAUUCGGACCUUAUUUCACGGGCCCUGUUGUAGCCGGGCUGAACUCUAAGACGGGCAAGCCAUACAUUGCAGGAUUCGAUUUGAUCGGAUGCAUCGACGAGGCCAAAGAUUUUGUGGUUAGUGGUACAGCGUCGGAACAACUUUUUGGUAUGUGCGAGUCCCUGUACGAACCCAAUCUGGAAGCUGAGGAUUUAUUCGAGACGAUAAGUCAAGCUUUGCUGAAUGCAGCUGAUCGCGAUGCCCUUUCCGGCUGGGGUGCCGCGGUUUACAUAAUUAAGAAGGAUAAGGUCACCAAGAGGUAUCUAAAGACCAGGCAAGAUUGA